CCCCCUUCAUUGCCCCUUCCCCCACCUAACAAAAGAAACGGUAGCUUCGUGUCUCCAAGAAGAGGUAGGCAGCAGGAUAAAGUUCUCUUGAACAAAACGCUGACUGGUUCAUUUUCUAUGGUUAAAGAUGAAGAUGAAGCCUCAGGCUUGGAGUAUGCAUUUAGGGAUAGGUCGCCAACGGUUCCAUCCUACAUUAAGCAAGAUAAGAAGUUCAAGUUUAUUAAGGUUGGUAAAGUACAGAAAUUUGUCAACUUAUUUGAAGAAAAGAAGCCAGAAGACACAGGCACUGGAGGUGUACCUACCCCAAAUCUUCUGAGGCAACUGCUGUAUAACUCGGUUAGAACACCCAGUAGUCCAGUAAAGAAAGAGCCUACACCUACAGUAGAAUAA